AUGUCCGGCGAGAACGGUCACACCACACCCGCGGCCGAGGGCGCGCCGUCUGCCCCGGCCGAGUCCAAGCCGGACACCAUCACAAAGCCUACCGCUGCCGACGCGGGGAAGGAAGCGCCUUCUGCGGCUGAGUCCGGCAAGCCUGCUGCUGAAGACUCCGCCGAGAAAUCCGACGUUGAGAUGACCGACGCACCCGCCGCAGCCGAGGCUACUGAGCCUGCGAAGGCCGACCAGACCGAUGCUGCCGAUGCCACAGCCGCUACACCGACCGCCGCCGACAAGGCCAACAAGGCCCGGCGCAAGUCAAUUGGAAGCACCCCCGCGAAGGGCAAGAAGCUGAACAAGAAGGCGUCGAAGCCGCGCCUGUUGCACCUCGAUGCGCGGCCUGGCGACCACUUCUUCGUCAAGCUCAAGGGCUUCCCGCAGUGGCCCGUCAUCAUCUGCGACGAGGACAUGCUGCCUGCCUCGCUGCUCAAGACCCGCCCCGUCACGGCCAAGCGCGCCGACGGUACCUACCGCGAGGACUAUGCCGACGGUGGCAAGAACGCGGCCGACCGGACGUUUCCCAUCAUGUACCUGCAGACCAACGAAUUUGGCUGGAUCUCAAAUACCCUCCUCACCGACCUGGACCCCACGACCAUCCUCCAGGACGUCAAAGUCGACAAGAUGAAGGGCGCCCUCAAGGGGGCUCACCAACUCGCGUCCGAGAACCACCCGCUGUCAUACUACAAGGAGGUGCUGCAGAACUACCAGGAGGAGCUCAUUGAGCAGGAGAAGGCCAAGGCUGCUAAGGCCGCGACACCAAAGGGCAAGAAGGCCAAGGCGGCUAGCGCGGACGAGGAUGAAGACGUCGAGAUGGAGGACGCGCCCGAUGUGACCGAGACACCGGCCAAGGGCAAGAAGGCGAAGAAGAGGAAGGCCGAGGACAGUGCCGAGACUCCCCAACGCACAGAGUCGGCCAAGAAACCCAAGAUCAAGCUGACCACGAGCGCGACACCAAAGGCCAACGGCGCCGCGGCCACACCCAAGGCGACCAAGGGCGAGGGUAAGAGCACCAAGACUAAGUCGAAGAAGAAGGACGCCGAGGAGGCGGUUGAGGUGGCUGCCAAGGAGCCGGAGCUCUCCGCGGAGGAGAAGCACGUUAGGAAAUCCAAGGAGGUCCUGUUCCUCCGGCACAAGAUCCAAAAAGGCCUCCUGACGCGCGACCAGGAGCCUAAGGAGGAGGAGAUGAAGCUCAUGUCGGAUUACAUCACCAAGCUCGAGGCCUUCCCGGACCUCGAAGUCAGCAUCAUCCGCGCGACCAAGAUCAACAAGGUGCUCAAGGCCAUCCUCAAGCUAGACAACAUCCCGAAGGAGGAUGAGUUCAAAUUCAAGCCGCGCUCCCAGGUCCUCCUCGACAAGUGGAACAAGCUGCUCGCCGUUGACGGGACCCCGGCACCCGCGGGGGAGACCAACGGCACCGGCAAGGCGAAGGCCAACGGUGUCAAGGAGAAGAGCGAGCCGGCGGAGUCGGGCGAAGAAGGGAAGGAGGAUAAGGAGAAGAAGGCGGCGAAGGAAAAGAAUGAGGAGAAGGCGGAGACGGAGAAGCCUGCUGAGGAAAAGACCGCCGAGACCGUCGAGGCGACAGCGUAG